UUUCAAAAGAGAGAGACAACUUUUAAGAUGUUGGAAGGAAAAGCUAAGGUGGAAGAAACUGACAUGCCUUUGAAGAUGCAAAUUAAAGCCAUGUCAUAUGCUUAUCAUGCCCUUGAUCUCUAUGAUGUUUAUGAUUGUAAAUCUAUUGCUGCCCACAUUAAGAAGGAGUUUGAUAAGAUAUAUGGAAGUGGUUGGCAAUGUGUGGUGGGUUCAAAUUUUGGGAGUUUUUUUAGCCAUACACCAGGGACUUUUAUGUAUUUUUCUCUUGAGAGACUUAAUUUUCUUAUCUAUAAGGGAGCAUCCUCUUGAUUUUAUUUGUGGAUUUUUCUCCUUGAUGUGAAACACAAUUUAUGAUCAUUGACCAACUAUGGUGGAAGAGUACCAUGUAAAUGGGAAUGGUACUUUUCAUCAAUUGGAAUCUUUAUAUUUUUUUAGAUGAAAUGAUUAAAAAAAUCACAUUUAAUUUAUUAGAUUUAAUAUUAUUCUAUCACAAAGUGUAUUAAUCAUGCUACAA